AUGGAGCUUGUCCUCCAGGGUAUGGACACCUGUCCUUUCGUCUGUCCCCUCACCACCUGCCUUGCCGGUCCCUGCUGCCCAGAUGACCGCACUCUCGCAGACCUCACUGGCCCAUGUUGCCUGUUGGAUGAAAACACCUUCACUGAGAACUUCAUGAAUCAGAUGAACCCUCGUAAGACCUACCUGUGCUACAAGGUGGAGAUCCUGGAUGGUGACGCUAGGAUCCCUCUGGACGAGAAAAAGGGCUUCGUGCGCAACAAGGGUGCUAACGAACCAGGGGAGCCCUGCCAUGCAGAGCACUACUUCCUGGACCGGAUCUGUUCUUGGAAUUUGGACCGGGAGCUGCACUACAGGCUCACCUGUUUCAUCUCCUGGACCCCUUGUGAUACCUGUGCACAGAAACUGGCUGAUUUCCUGGGGAAGAACAGCCACGUGAGCCUGCACAUCUUCGCCUCCCGCAUCUAUAGCCGCCUCGGUUAUGUGGCUGGGCUGCGUACACUGCAGGCGGCUGGGGCCCAAAUCGCCAUCAUGACCUCUAACGAGUUUGAGCACUGCUGGGAAAACUUUGUGGACCACCAGGGAAAACCCUUUCAGCCCUGGGAUGGGCUGAAUGUAGUGAGUCAACGUCUAUGUAACAACCUGCAGGCGAUUCUCCAGCUGCAGAACACGGAUCGUGUGACUGAGGCCCUAGGCAGGGCCAAGUUCAAGUUCCCUGGCCGCCAGAAGAUCCGCAUCUCCAAGGAGUGGGGAUUUACUAAGUUUAAUGCAGAUGAAUUUGAAAACAUGGUGGCAGAAAAGCAGCUCAUCCCGGAUGGCUGUGGAGUCAAAUAUAUCCCUAAUCGUGGCUCCCUGGAUAAAUGA